UUAGUUUUAGACAGAAAACGCCACUACCGUUGCCUUACUUCCAGUUCGUCGCUUUUGAAAGUCGCGCCAACCAAUGUGGAGACACAUAACCUGCACCGAGACUACCAAAGGCAACACUGGUGUUGGAGCUGGUUGCGGGUUGUGGUUUGGAUUUGGUUCUUCGUCACGAAAGGUUGUAGGUAAUUUCUCCAAAGAUGUCCGAUCCAGAGAACGAGGUUACAGAUAAGAUUAAGUCGGCUAUAGGAACUGACUUAUGGACACUCUUGGAAAAACCACCCUACAACUUUAAAGUUACUGAAUCGUUAGCAAAUGUUUUGGAAAGUUACGGAUUCAACAAGCUGUGUUCAUUUCGUAAUAUGAAUGAAAUAGUUUUGGGAAAUAUUGAGAAAUUUAUGGUUCACAAACUUCCCAGAAUACUGGAAAGAAAGUAUGAUCAAGAAAAAGCCAAAAAUCCUCUAAUGACUAAAACUGAUAUGAUGGAAAAGUAUUAUGGCUCUUUAUUUGCAUACUGUCCAGAAGAGUUUGAGCUAGGUGGACUUAAAUCAGAACUUGUGCAAAUUUCAGCAAUAGCCGAAAAUAUUUAUAGUGAAAAGAAGUGUGCUUCAAUUUUCCAAAAAAAUAAACAGAAAGCAAUCAUGUCAAGCUCAACCAGAUCUUCUAGCUUAGGCUCGCCAAAAUCUUUUGUCUCUGGAAAUCAAAGUGGGCAAACAGAAAGAAAAGAUAACACUUCAGAAAACGCUUCACUUCAACCAGCUGAAACUCUAGUUGAAUUCCGUGAUGAUAUUGCUCGCAAUGUCAGCAGAUGGCUCAAGAGCAAUGCUCCUGAUAUAUUAGAUGACGAUGCAGAUGAUUUUGAUACCAAUCCAGACUUCAACAUUACUGUUGCAAAAGGAGACGGGGGAAUGUCUGGUGAAAUUGAAUGCCCUGUCAAGUCUUGCAGAAAAAAAUACACCCUUCAGCACACAGGAGGCAGAUGGUCUAAUGGCAACUUGUAUAGGCAUAUCAAUAGUGAACACAUAUUGAAACCUAUCAAACAAAAACAACAACAAGCCUCCUACAAAAAAUUGACUGAUAUUUUUCAAAAAGUUGGUGCAGUGAGUGUAGCGGAGGCCAUUGAGAGCAAUUGUAGCCUUCCUCCUAGUUCUCUGACCCACACAGCCCUAGUUCAUGAUUCAACUCAUGAUAGUGAUCCAGAGGCUAAAAGUACUACUGGACUAGAUGAUGGAGAACAGUCACCUAAAGCGGGUUUGCUUAAUAGGAGAUCUAGACCAGGAAGAUUUCCUUCUGAUCUCAAUGAAAUAAGGAUGUGCCCUGACACUGUGAAGGAUUUUCACUCAGAGAGGAGGACCCCACCAGCAGCCCUCCUCUGUCAAGGAAGCAACAAAGAGACUGGUCACCCUACAGCAGAACACGUAGGACCCAAGGAAAGCUCCGAGAAGCUAGUGUCUCAUGUCACACAAUAAAGGAGUAU